GGGGUGUAUAAAGGUACGCCCCGUAGGCGGUCGUUGAAUCAUUGAUAUGCCCUCGGCCGGCUUAUUGCUUUUCUUCUCUUUCUCCGAGCAGUAUUACUUACGCCUCUACGACUUUUGAUCCUGUCCUGUGUUUGUCCACCUCUUCAUUCCUUUCCUUCAACCUUCCUCACGUCGUUGCAACAUUUCCGAGGCGGUGGAUCGCCCCACGUUAAGAGUCAGACGUCAUACAUCUUUGCGGCUCAAAGAUUCUGCUACCUAUGGGAGUAACUAGCGUGCGAAGAGAAAGAUUCUCGUCAAAAAUCAAUUCCACAGUACUGGGAACAAUAUACCCACUAUCUGAAACGCAUAUCUCUCACCAUGUUUGCGGGUAAACGCUUGAGCAAGGAGCUCCUCAAGAUGAAGGAACAUCUGCCGCCAGGUAUUUCAAUAGCCAAAUCGGAGAAUCUUGAAGAGUGGCAGAUGGAUAUCCGAGUCUUGGACGAGAAUCCGCUUUAUCAGAAUCAGAUCUAUCGGCUCAAGUUCACAUUCUCGUCCAAGUACCCAAUAGAACCGCCGGAAGUCCAGUUCAUCGAGCUACCUAGCACAUCUGAGACCCCUCGCCCGAUCCCGAUCCACCCGCACAUAUACAGCAACGGAAUCAUAUGCCUAGACCUACUAAGCUCUGCCGGUUGGUCACCUGUACAAACAGUUGAGAGCGUCUGCAUGAGCAUUCAAAGCAUGCUGACCGCAAAUACGCGCGACGAACGACCUCCAGGCGACAGUGACUUUGUCUCGUACAACCGACGCCGGCCCCGCGACAUCAACUUCUUCUAUGAUGACGACAACGUAUAACUGUGUAUGAUGGUACUGUCAAAGGUGGCUCACUGUCAAUAUUGAACAUCAUGCUUUUGUUUCUCAAGCGAUGGUAUCCAUCUACGCCUGCUCUUGCAUGUUCUGGGACCAAUCUACCCUCCUCCGACAGCUGGUCUUUCACAAUCACCCAAGAUUAUUCAGAGGAUUGCCGAUUGCUUAUCUAGUACAUAUUCAAACUGAUGCAUUCGGUCGUUACUUUGUCGAUAUUUCCAUUCUCAAGUUGCAUUUGCAUAGGCGCAUGUUUUAUGGGCGUUUCAGGAGCGGGUUAGUAGUUAGCUUGGAGUAGCAUAUAUUAUCAAUCACUUAUUUUAUUCUCAUAGUUCCAUGUUUGUGACGUUCGUUGCUUAACUUUUCCUAGUUUUGUCAUCGUUCUGUUUAUCACUGGAAAACGGGUAACUAUCGCGCCGAUAUAUAUAUAUAUCCCCCCACCCACUGAUAAUAGUUUCUGUUCCCCUACGUAAGACAGGCUAGUAAUAUAACCAUCAUUUUAUU